AUGGCACCUGCUGAGACGACCGGUACCGAGCUCUCCCGCAGGGAGUGGGGCUUCGCGUUCGCCCUUGUGACCUCGCUUUUCUUCACAUGGGGCUUCGCGUAUGGCUUGCUUGAUGUCCUCAACGCGCACUUCCAGACAGUAUUCGGGAUCUCGAAGCUCCAGAGUACGAUGUUGCAGGUGGCGUACUUCGGAGCAUAUCUCGUCUACGCGCCUAUCGCUGGUGCCUUCAUGAGAAAAUAUGGCUACAAGAAAGGAAUCCAUAUGGGUUUAACGUUCUACUCUCUGGGUGCCAUAUUCUUUUGGCCGUCGGCAGUAUAUGCAAAGUACGGGGGCUUCGUGGGGUGCACGUUCGUCAUCGGAUGUGGUCUGUCUUGCCUGGAGGUGGCUGCCAACUCUUACAUCACAGUCCUUGGAUCGCCAAAGUAUGCUGCCGCUCGCCUCAACUUCAGCCAAGCAUGGCAGGGCGUAGCAUCCUUCGCGGGACCUAUGAUCGCCUCAAAGUAUUUCUUCACAGGCAAGAAUGCGACAUCGCUUGCUACUGUGCAAUGGGUCUACCUUGCUGUUGCGGGCCUCGGACUAGUCCUGAACAUCCUUUUCUUCUUCUGUCCUUUGCCCGAAAUCUCUGAAGACGCUCUCUCAGCUGAGAUGGAGGAAGCUGGAUUGACGAAUGAUGAAGAGCCGUUCUGGAAGCAAUACCAUUGCAUCUUCGGUUGGGUGGCGCAGACGACAUACACCGGUGCCCAAGUUGGGGUUGCUUCUAUGGCGGUCAACUAUUUUUUCGACAAGAACAUCGGCAUCAGCAAGCCGCUUGCGAGUCAGCUGUACUCCUACUGCCAGAUCACAUUCACCGUUGGACGGUUCGUCGGCGUUGUGCUGCUCAACUUCAUCGACCCUGCGUUGCUGCUCGCCAUCUACGGUGUGAUCUUCGUGCCUGGAAUUGGAGGAGCCGUCUGCCUCUUCAUCCUCUUCUUCUUCGAGUCCAUUUGCUAUCCCGUGAUCUUCACAUUGGCGACGAAGAACCUCGGUCGCCACACAAAGCGUGGCUCCGGCUUGGUCGUCAUGGGUGUCGGAGGCGGCGCCUGGUACCCUCCAGCGCAAGGUGUCAUCGCGGACACCAACACCGCGCACUCGUACAUGGUACCUUUCAGCGGCUACGUGCCAUGA